CCCUCGUGGUUCAUCUCGCCCAGUGAUAUCACCGAUCGCUCAGCCAACCCCAUCGGCCGCGGUGGCUUUGGCGAGGUCUUCACCGGCGACUAUUUUGGCUCCCCAGUCGCCAUCAAGCAGCUCUUCGGCACCUGCACCAAGAAGGAGCUCGCCGAUUAUCACCGCGAGAUCGAAAUCUGGCAGAAGCUCAAGCACCCACACAUCCUGCCCCUCGUUGGUGCUUGCGACCGGGAUGUCGAUGGCAAAUCGAUCGUGCCUUUCAUGGUGUCGCCGUUCAUGCCCAACGGCACUCUCCGCAACUACGUC